GAGAGAGAGCGAGAGAGAGAGAGAGAGAGAGCAGCAGUCCGAGCAGCAAAGAGAGAGGAGUCUCAUCCAAACACUUGCUCUCUGACAGAGUCACAUAGAUUUACUCACCAUCUUCAUCAUCAUCAUCUUCAUCUUCACCAUCGUCAUCAUCAUCAUCUUCAUCCAUGUCAGUUCUUCCUCUGCGGGUGAAAAUGUUGCAGCAGGUCUGGAGGUUGAAGGGCGUCGUCGUCCUCGUCUGCAGCCCGUUCAUCCUGCUGCCGCUGGCCGUCAGCACCACGGAAGCUGCCUGUGCCUAUGUCAUAGCCCUCAUGGCAGUGUACUGGUGUACUGAGGUGCUGCCGCUGGCGGUGACGGCGCUGCUGCCGACCAUCCUGUUCCCCGUCCUCGGCAUCAUGGAGUCCAAAGACGUGUGUAUGCAGUACCUGAAGGACACCAACAUGCUGUUUGUUGGCGGGUUGAUGGUGGCCGUGGCCGUGGAACACUGGAACCUCCACAAACGCAUCGCGCUCAGAGUGCUGCUGCUGGUCGGGGUCCGACCCGCCCUGUUGAUGCUGGGGUUCAUGGGAGUGACGGCUUUCCUGUCAAUGUGGAUCAGCAACACAGCCACCACUGCCAUGAUGGUCCCCAUCGUCCAGGCCGUCCUGGACCAGCUCCACAGCAAUGUAGACACUGAGCCGUCCCCUAAAAUCCAGAGCAGGACUGUCGCUCUUCACCAGGAACAUCAGGAGAAAACCGUCAGCGUCCUGCAAACCGCUGCUCCGAACAUCCUGGAGAAAGGUCUGAAUGGAGAAAUCCAGACACAGGGCAACUCAGAGAAAACCAGCAACCGAGAAUGCAACACGUCCCCUGAGCAUUUUGUCUUGUCAGAGGGUCAGAUGGCCGGACAGGAGACUGUCAAACCAACACCACAAGACAAACCUCCAUCAGACAGCACCGGCAGUGGACCUGUGGUUGUGUCUGUGGAGACCGUCUGCUGUCAGAUGGAGGUGGAGGAGCUGAGCGACGAGGAGGAGGAGAGGAGGAGGAUGAGUAAAGGCCUCCUGCUGUGCGUGUGCUACGCUGCCAGCAUAGGAGGCAUCGCUACUCUGACAGGAACUGGACCAAACCUGGUCCUGGUCGGACAGAUGAGCCAACUCUUCCCUCAGAACGGUGACGUGAUCAACUUUGCGUCGUGGUUUGCGUUUGCCUUCCCCACCAUGGUGCUGAUGCUGAUGCUCGCCUGGUUCUGGCUGCAGUUCCUCUACAUUGGCUGCAACCUGCGGAGGACGUGGGGUUGCGGGGCGGUCCAAUCAGAGAAGGAGCGAGCGGCCUACAGGCUGAUCAGGGACGAGCAUCAGCGUCUGGGACCGAUGAGUUAUGGAGAGGUCAGCGUCCUGGCGCUUUUCAUCCUCAUGGUGGCGCUGUGGUUCACACGAGACCCCCGCUUCAUGGCCGGCUGGGCCACGCACAUCUUCAACGCAAAGGCUGAGUUCGUCACGGAUGCGACUGUCUCUCUGUUUGUUGCCGUGCUGUUGUUUGUUCUUCCCUCUGAGCCGCCGCGCUACCUGUGCUGCUGGAGGAGUUCUGACACAGAGUCCCAGGUGUCACAAGGCCCCGCCCCUCCUCUGCUCACCUGGCAGGUGACUCAGAAGAAGAUGCCGUGGAGCAUCGUCCUGUUGCUGGGAGGAGGCUUCGCCCUGGCCAAAGGCAGCGAGGAGUCCGGUCUGUCCCGCUGGCUCGGCGCUCAAAUGACACCGCUCCACUCCAUACCUCCCUGGGCCAUCGCCAUCAUCCUUUGCCUCCUAAUCGCCACCUUCACUGAGUGUGCCAGCAACGUUGCCACAGCAACACUCUUCCUGCCCAUCCUGGCCUCCAUGUCCCAGUCUAUAAGCUUGAAUCCUCUGUAUGUGAUGAUCCCCUGCACCCUCAGCGCCUCCUUCGCCUUCAUGCUGCCGGUGGCGACGCCUCCCAACGCCAUCGUCUUCUCCUCCGGUUUCCUCAAAGUGUCCGACAUGGCUAAAACUGGUGUGGUGAUGAACAUUAUCGGGAUCGGCUGCAUUAGCCUGGCCAUCAACAGCUGGGGUCGUGUCAUGUUUUCUCUGGACUCGUUCCCUUCAUGGGCAAACGCCACUGCACCUGUGUAGGACCACAUCUGUUUUCUACAACCUGCUGCCACAAGUGUAUUUAUCAGUUUUCAGGCUUCAUCACUGGACUCGCAUCGUCCGGACUUCCUUCUCACCACUGACCCAGAGCGUUUUUCAGAAGUUUAAAAUCCUGACAGAGAUAUUGUAGCUCUCACAGCUGAGCUGAUAGUGGAAACUUAAACCUCCAGCUGCAGUUAGAAAUAUACAGAUUCUUCUAUAAAAGCCAAUAUCAAAACUAUGUUAAAAUAAUAACAUUAUGUUAAAACAAUGGCUAAAUACCAACUGCUAGAGCAAAUUAAGCUCAGAGGAAUAAAGGCAGGUCCCUUACAGAGUCCAGGUAAAACCAUUAAGGGGGAGGAAUUACUUGUACUCUAACAAGGUAAAUUCUAUAUAACUUACAUUUCCAUGGAACAACAGAGUCAUGUCAUAUUCUGCUGUAAAUUAAAACAACAGCAGAUCAGAAAAAAUAUGAUCACAUAUAAUUAUAAAUCAGCCAAGUUUGAAUAAAGGUCUGAUUCUCUUCAGCUGAUAUAAAGUCUAAUGUCUUAGAAUUUAACAUUAGUUUCUCUGUAAAUCAUUGAACCUCCAAAAGCUAUAAUCAUUACUUGGGAAACCUCUGGAUCAGAACGGACCACAGCAGGACUUUAUACAACUCUUAUCCCUGGGAAUUGGAAUUAUUUUAAGUAAUUAGGAAAUAUAUAUUGUGUGUUUUUUAUUGUUUUUUAUUUAAAUAUAUGAGUUUUAUGUGGUAACAUAGUUUUUUCUGUAAGUGAAUGAACAUGUACUGUACAAACUAAACUUCCAGAGUUUUGUAUCAUCUUGUUGCUAACAGUUUUAUUUGGUGUUAAUAAAGUUAGUCUUUA